AUUUAUCUAAGAGUAUUCCCUUACUUACAAACUCCCAAGAUUAUCAUCUUGAAAACAGUGUACACAUUGGCCACCUUUAAUAAGAAUAAAAAGGAAAACAGGUCUACAGUGUACAGCUUUACACGUGUAACUCCUGCCUUCUUACUUAGGCUAGCUGCUCCCCUCUCAGAUGAACAGAAGUUUGAAGUGGAAGUUGAGCAGAAGCUUUUGAAUGAGUGGACUGAUAUAAAAAGAAAAACAUACAGAGCAAACCAGGAACUGGUAAGAGAAGAUGGAAUUGAUGCUUUUGUGUAUGAUGGAGUUUUGUAAGGUGGUUCUAACUUUUGAGUCUGUGAAAUCCUGAGACCAUUCAAAUAAUUCUUCUUCAACAAUACUUUCACAUAGUACUAUUUAUUUAUUAUGAAGUUCUAACUUUUGAGUCCGCGGAGAAAUCUUAUGGUAUGACCAUUCAGAUAAUGUAUAGAUUUAGCCAGGGCUAAAAGUCAAGCUCUCGAUAAUAUUUAUAGUUUGUUCAAACAAAAUAUAAAAUCGUGUAAUGCUAAGCGGCGAAGGCAACGCCAGAGAACGGUGAAAAACAAAAAUAGGUCUAAUUAGCAAACAAAACAACUUUGCACGUGCAGCACACUUUUUUGUACAUUUCCUUGCCGUUGUUUUCCACGACUACAACGCAGACCUUCCAGAAACUUUUUUAUGGAGGAAAUGUCGUACGUGUUCUCGUUCACUUUUUUUUACUGCCGCUCAUUUUCACCUUGCAUGGGUGGCCGCGGGCAUUUCUCAUUUCAUUUUUUGUUACCGGCGCUACAAAAUUUUCAAAUUGUUCUUCCAACAAAAAAUGUCUCUUGUGUUUUUUUAUCUCUUGCUCUAGAUCUCUGUCGCGCUUUUUGGCGUUGAGUUUCGCUAGCCUUCCGCCUACUCUCUCUUUUUCUCUGUCUUUCUCUUUCUCUGUAUUCCAAAUUUGUGGGAAUGNAAAAUAUAAAAUCGUGUAAUGCUAAGCGGCGAAGGCAACGCCAGAGAACGGUGAAAAACAAAAAUAGGUCUAAUUAGCAAACAAAACAACUUUGCACGUGCAGCACACUUUUUUGUACAUUUCCUUGCCGUUGUUUUGCACGACUACAACGCAGACCUUCCAGAAACUUUUUUAUGGAGGAAAUGUCGUACGUGUUCUCGUUCACUUUUUUUUACUGCCGCUCAUUUUCACCUUGCAUGGGUGGCCGCGGGCAUUUCUCAUUUCAUUUUUUGUUACCGGCGCUACAAAAUUUUCACAUUGUUCUUCCAACAAAAAAUGUCUCUUGUGUUUUUUUAUCUCUUGCUCUAGAUCUCUGUCGCGCUUUUUGGCGUUGAGUUUCGCUAGCCUUCCGCCUACUCUCUCUUUUUCUCUGUCUUUCUCUUUCUCUGUAUUCCAAAUUUGUGGGAAUGACAAUUAAUCUAAGCUUAAUACUUUAGAUAACACGGAUACAGAAACAAUUUCCGCUUUCCGUGUCGUCUUUAUUGACUCUUUAGCUGCCGCUGUUUUACAAGACGCGGGUGGCUAUGCAAUUGCCCGCCAAAAUAACCUCGAGUUGCGUUUGGGUUGCCAUACCUGUUCGUUGAGUUAUUUUACAUUGGUAUGCCUCUGGUGCGGACGGACGGUCUCUCGGGCGGAUGGUUUACGGUCACGUGAUUACCAAAUAUUCUCGGAUGGGUAGAUUGCCACAUUUUCUUACCCAUGGUGUUCCGCUAAGCGCGCUUCGCGCGUGAGAGCUCCGCUAUGACCUCCUUGAUUGUGCUUCACAAGGUGCUUUUUGUUUUCAAGCAUCUUGCAGAAAAGUUUUGUCAAAUUUUGACUAAGCAAGGAGCGAUGGGGCAGGGGUAAUAGUGGUUAUAGAACCAUGCAGAGAUUUCCUAAACCAAGAAAACAAAUCUUAAAACAACAGUGACUUUCCCAAAACAAGAAAUCAUCUUUAAUGUGAUCUAAGAGAAACAUUCUCAGUUUAAGUUUCCUUAGAGUUUUCACUGAAUUGCGGCAAAAAAGCAGCAUAAAGGAUUAUUUAGUUACUCUUGAUUGAGAAGUUGACGUUUUUUUUUUUCUUAUGUUUCUAGGAAAGACUGCGAUAUUAUCAGAAAACUCGCGGCAUCAGUUCUUCUCCCAAGACUAACAGAGAUGCGAACAACGCCAGAGACCCCCAGAAAACAGCAUCAGCAAGAAGUGGGCUUCAUGAGAACAGCACGUAA